AUGGAAGAGAAGUCACAUGGCAUGAAGAGAAGGGUCGCCGCCACCGCGGACAGCAGUGGUGGCGAUCAUAUAGAGUGUUCCGGCAAGCAUUGUGGGUCAUGCACCGGAGGCUUGAUUGCUGAUUGUGUGGCAAUAUGUUGCUGCCCUUGUGUGGUGUUACAUUGCUUUGCCUUAGCAUUUGUGAAGGCACCAUUGGUUGUGGGAAGAAGGUGUUUGGGUUUAGGGAACAAGAAUAAGAAGAUAUGCAAGAAGGGGCACGAAGAUAUCAUAGUGGAAAGGAACAUGGAAACUGUUUCUAGUUCUGUAGGGGAAAUGGAAAGUGUCACUAUCAAUGCUGGCAUUGAAGCUGAGAAGGUUUGGAAGGAGCUUCAACAAAUUGGUCAUUUGGAUUUUGGGAGGGUACAUGAAAAUUAG